UUUUUUUUUUUUUUUUUUUUAAUCUUUAUAAAUCUUAAUUUAAAAAAAAUGACUGAUCGACGAAGUGGGAUGGUUCAGUCGUUUGGUUAUCCACAAAACGGCUCCAUUGUAAGUCGAGCAGUAGCAGCUGCAGCUGCAAACAAUCAUCAUUCUAAUCGUAAUCGAGGAAGAGGUUCAAAAAGAUAUUCUGUUUCUGUAUUUUAUUCUAUGGCUGCAGAACAAGAUGUUGAAGUAGAAGACGAAUUAGCAAAAGCUCAAAAACGUUUACGUGAAUUAAAAAAUAAAAUCUCUACACAAUCUAAAAAAAAUUUUAUGCGUGAAAGAGACGUACGAUUCUUGGAUGCUAGAAUUGGUUUAUUGAUUCAAAACAGAAUGGCACUUGAUGAGCAACACGAAGUAACUUCUCGUUUAGAAGAUAAUGAAGAAGAAGAUGAAGAUCAUUAUAUUGACGAUCGUCGUAUACAACAAUAUGGAAAUUUAUUUUAUCUUUUACAAAGUGAACCACGUCAUAUUGCAAUUCUAUGUCGUUUAGUAAACUUGGCAGAAAUUGAUACUUUAUUACAAACAGUUAUGUUUACACUUUACGGUAAUCAAUAUGAAAGUAGAGAAGAACACUUGUUAUUAACCAUGUUCCAGAAUGUAUUGGCUGCUCAGUUUGAAACAACUACUGAAUUUGCUUCUCUUUUACGCGCAAAUACACCUGUUUCACGUAUGAUGACAACUUAUACUCGACGUGGACCUGGACAAUCUUAUCUUAAAUCAGUUUUAUCUGAUAAAAUUAAUAAUCUAUUAGAACAGAAAGAUUUAAAUUUUCAAAUUAAUCCUCUUAAAGUGUAUGAAGAAUUAGUUCAAAAAAUGGAACGAGAAGGUAGUUUACCUGACGGAUUUCCUAGAAGUGUAACAGCUGAAAUGGCAGCUGCUAAUUCAACUGUUCAAACCAUCAUUCUUCCAAGGUUAAAAUCCUUGAUGGAAAUUGCAAAUUCUUUUUUAUCAACUAUUAUAGAUUCUUUAGAUCAAGUCCCUUAUGGAAUUCGUUGGAUUUGUAAACAAAUUCGUUCUCUGACAAAGAGAAAAUAUCCUGAUGCUACAGAGCAUGCUAUCUCUUCUCUCAUCGGUGGUUUCUUUUUUUUACGUUUUGUUAAUCCUGCUAUCGUAACUCCACAAGCUUAUAUGCUAGUGGAUCGUAUUCCUGGUCCCAAUUCACGAACUACAUUAACACUGGUAGCAAAGAUGCUUCAAAAUUUAGCAAACAAGCCAUCUUAUGCAAAAGAGGCUUAUAUGAUACCAACGAAUCCAUUUGUUGAACUAAAUAAACAUCGUACCAUUCGAUUCUUGAAUGAUCUCUGUGAAGUAGUCGACUUUUAUGAACAACUAGAGAUGGAUCAAUACAUGGCGCUUAGUAAAAAGGAUAUCAUGAUCAAUAUAACACCUAAUGAAAUCUAUAACACAAUAUCUUUAUUACAACAACAUAUUCAUGUGCUUGCACCAAAGGAGACGGAUCAUUUACGUGUCUUACUUUCUGAAGUCGGCUUAGUUCCUCCACAAGUAUCAAGAAAAGAAAAUAAAACCAUUGAAUUACCUUUGUUUAGUAGAUGGGAAAUGCCAAUCCAAGACUUAACAAUGUCACUCAUGUCAGAGAAUAAUAUUACUCAAAAUGAUAUUCUUUAUAUGGAAGCUAAAUCGAUUUUUGUACAAAUCAUUCGUUCUCUUCCUUUCCUUGCACGCCCCCCACUUCGAUUACAUCAAAUAGCAGAAGCAGCAGGUACAUCAAAGGAUGCUCAAUUGGUUCAUAAGGGCAUUAAAGUCAAGGAAAUGCUUCGUGAGUUAGAAGAGGCCAAUGUGAUUGAUCGUCGUGAUAAUCAUCAAUUUCUUGUUGAAGAAAUCAAUAAUGAAUUAGCUCAUCUUGGCGAUCUAAAAGUAAAAGUGAUGGAAGAACUUGAAUCACUUGAAAGUGUCUACAAGACUAUUCUAGACCAUAAUAAUUACCUCAAGAGUCAAUUAGAGAGUUAUAAAGCCUAUUUACAAAACGUAAGGAUGCAAAGUAGUAAUAAAAAAAAUAAUUUAGUAGGCGUUGAAAUCGUGAUGGAUCAAACAAAGAAACCAUGUCAACAUAGUCAUCAACAAGGUCCAUUCAAGUUUACUCAUCAACAAUUAGAAAGGGAUGGUAUUAUUGCAGAAACAGAGGUGCCUGAAAAUAGACGCCAGAAUAUCUUUUUGACCAUCUCUUCACCUAUACCAGGUACCUUUAUUAUUGGUCUUCAUUAUAAAGGUCGUGAUAAACCAGUUUUAGAGAUUGAUUUAAAGUUGGACGAUUUACUUGAAAAGCAACAAGAUAAUAUUCAAAUAUUGGAUCUUGAAUAUAUUAAAUUAAAUGUACCCAAGACAUUACAAUUGAUAACAAAGACUUUUAUGACAAGAAAUAGAACUGGCUUCUUUUCUUAAAUACUAAAUAAUUAUUUAUUCUAUAUACAUAUAUCAAAAUAUAUAUACAAAUGUGUGUAUGUUGUUUUUUUUAUUUUUUUACACAUAAUAUUUUAUAAUUACUUUUUAAUUUACAUUUAUAAACACUAUUUUCAUAAAUUAUUCGCACAAUCUCAGACCUUUAUCCAAUGGUGCCGCAUUUCUAGAAAUCUCCUCUUCUUGGUCUUUUUUUUUUUUUUUUUUUUUUU